AACGAGGCCGCUUCAUCCACUUCCACUCCAUCACCUUUUGGGUCGGCAAUGCCAAGCAGGCUGCAUCCUACUACUGCAACAAGCUGGGCUUCGAGGAGCUGGCCUACCGCGGGCUGGAGACCGGCAGCAGGGAGGUGGUGUCACAUGUCAUCAAGCAGGACAAGAUCGUGUUUGUUUUCUCGUCCGCUCUGAACCCAGGGAAUGAGGAGAUGGGGGAGCACCUGGUGAAGCACGGGGACGGGGUGAAGGACGUGGCCUUCGAAGUGGAGGACUGUGACUUCAUCGUGCAGAAAGCCAAGGAGCGUGGUGCUGUGGUGGUGAAGGAGCCGUGGGUGGAGCAGGACAAAUUUGGGAAGGUGAAAUUCGCAGUGAUCCAGACGUACGGUGACACCACCCACACCUUGAUAGAGAAGCUCAACUACAAGGGCCUGUUCCUCCCUGGGUACCACCCACCCCUCUUCAAGGACCCCCUGCUGCCCAAGCUACCAAGUGGCAAGCUCAGCUUUGUUGAUCACGUUGUGGGGAACCAGCCUGACCUCCAGAUGGUGCCAGUGGCAGACUGGUACCAGAAGAACCUGCUCUUCCACCGCUUCUGGUCGGUGGAUGACAAGCAGCUGCACACCGAGUUCAGCGCCCUGCGCUCCAUCGUGGUCACCAACUACGAGGAGACCAUCAAGAUGCCCAUCAAUGAGCCAGCCCCUGGCAAGAAGAAAUCCCAGAUUCAGGAAUACAUUGAUUACUACGGAGGGGCCGGAGUCCAGCACAUCGCACUGAACACCCCCGACAUCAUCUCAGCGAUCACCAACCUGAAGCAGAGGGGCAUGCAGUUCAUGGAUGUGCCCUCCAGCUACUACCAGGUGCUGCGGGAGAGGCUCAAAACUGCCAAAAUCAAAGUGAAGGAGAACAUUGACAAGCUGGAGGAGCUGAAAAUCCUGGUGGAUUUUGAUGAAAAAGGCUACUUGCUGCAGAUCUUCACCAAACCAGUCCAAGACAGACCCACGGUGUUUCUUGAGGUGAUCCAGAGGCACAACCACCAGGGCUUCGGUGCUGGGAACUUCAAGUCUCUGUUUGAGGCCAUUGAAAUGGAUCAGGAUGCCAGAGGAAACCUGACUGUGCUGGAGCCCAACGGGGAGACCAGGAGGAUGUAGGGGAUGGCAGCAAGUGCCACCCUCAUCCCCAAGGAGCUGCAUCCCAAAUGAACUGGGAAACACCCCAUGUUUUGGUAAAUAGCCCAGACUGGAGUGCCACACACCCAGGGAAGCCACUGCCAAGCUGGACAAUGCAAAAGGAGCCAACAGCUCUCCCAGCCCAGCCCUGGCACUGCCCUUCUGUGACCUCCUGGGAGAUGGGGUGUGGGAAAUAGCAAACACACUCUCAAAAAGCAGCUUCAUCUGAUCCAAACCAUGGAAUUCUUAACAAAAGGGCAGGUUUAAGGCAUGUGCCAAAGACACGCAGCUACAGAGGAAGACAGAAGAAACAACUGGGAGUGCUCAAAUUCAGUCUGCCCAAAGUUUUAAUUUUAGCUACACGGGAAGCUGCAACAGCAGGGAGGCG